CCCGAGCGGGACCGAUUGGAGCGCUGCGAUCGCUCGACCGUGACGUAGGAUCGGGGAUCACGUGAUAAGGACGGUUAUUCUGCCUUGCUUUGGUCGGGGUAUUCGGGAACCGUUCGGUCGUUAUUUUCGUGUUUUUUUCUGUGUUUGGAGCCCGAUUAGUUCACGCGUGGAUCGGCUUCGGCAGCCGUCGUGCUCAGGAAGCAAUGGUGAAGUACUGUUCGGUGCCGCAAUGCCGCAGUUACGCGACCGACCCGAACAUCAGCUUUCACAUCUACCCCAAGGAGAAGCAGCUGCGCACGGAGUGGCUUGUGAAGUUGAGAAUGGGCAAAUUAAACUCCAAGAGCUCGACAGUGUGCAGCAAGCACUUUAGAGAUGAAGACUUCGUGUAUGCGGUUGGAGCGAAGAUGUUUGGCUGGAAAAAAAGGACACUCGCCCCAGGAACCGUGCCGUCCCAGAAUCUGCCUUUACGGCCACUGGACAAGCCCCCGAAGCUGCGACAGCCCCUGAAGCCGCGGGCAGGUGUGGACACAUGCAAGCCUCGCCCCAAGGACGACCUGCCAGCAGCAGUUACAUUGGCAGGGCUGAACUCUGAAGAAGCCAGCACCAGUGAGGGCUUGAUUGAGCAGGAACUACCCAACCAGGAUGCCGAUGCUGCAGAUCCCGUUGGUCUUCAGGCUGAACUUCACACCUUGAAGAAAGAUGUCGGAAGUCAAGCGGACACACUACAGCUUGAGAAAGAUCAAGUGCUCGGGAUAGCACGGGUUAAGAAUGAACCGGCCCUCGUAUCACUGACCUGCAUACCCUGUUUUCAGCUAUUCUAUAACAUCUGCGACCUGUAUGGGGAAUCUCGCUUAUUGAGCCAGAGGAAGGAUUUCAGUAUCAGUAACGAGGACGCAGUACUGCUAACAAUGAUGAAGCUGUACCACAAUCUGACGUUUUCCCUUCUUGGGGUACUGUUUGGGGUCCAUAGGACGACAGCUUCCAACAUAUUUAGAGCGUCGGUACCGGUCCUAGCAGCAGUGCUCAGGCACGCCGUUUUCUGGCCUGAAAAGGAGGCUGUGCUCCAGUCCCUGACCAAGUAUUUUAGCAAGUACAGGGACUGUCGCAUGGUGCUCGACUGUACAGAGAUUCCUCUGCAAAAGCCGAAAAACCUGGAGUCUCAACUACUUACCUACAGUCACUACAAGGGAACCCACACUGCAAAGGUGCUUGUGUGCGAGACGCCAGGUGGCUUAAUUAGCUAUGUGAGUCCGGCAUACUGUGGCAGAUCCUCCGACACGCAUAUCACAAAGGAGAGUGGGCUUCUAGAGAAAUGCCUCCCCUUCAUCGACAGCGUAAUGGUCGACAAAGGGUUCUUAAUUGACGAGCUGUGUUGCGAACACAAGGUAAAGUUAGUUCGUCCACCAUUUCUCCGUAAAAACACACAGCUGAGCAAAUCUGACGCCGCAAACAACCAAAGCAUCGCAGCUGCACGCGUUCAUGUCGAGCGUGCAAUUCAGCGAAUGAAGUUGUUUCGAAUUCUACGGGACAAUUUCAGCGCAGACCUCCUUCCGCAAAUCGAUGAUGUUGUCGUCAUCAUUGCAGGUCUCGUGAACCUCUCAAAGCCCUUGUUCAGCAACGACAAAUUUUUAACUGGUUAAUACAUUGCUGAACAGGACACGAUAGCGUUUUCUUUUAGCUGCCUGUUUAAACGUUGCCGUUAAUCUGUAGAUCACUUAAUGGGCAGUUCAAACAUGGCAUCCCACUGUCAUUUGUGAAGAAUGAGUUCUCUUUAGCAGGGUAGGAAGAAAAAAGUAAUAUUCGGUCACAGACUGUCACUCGCCAAAAAUUUCCUUGUUAAUUUCGUUCAAGGUACUCUUCCCCUGUGCCACAUUGGAGAAAGGUUGUCAAAGCACAGAAAUGAGUCAAUAUUUCUAGCUCGUGCAUUUAGACACACAAGCCAUUCAACAGCCUUGUAAGAUAAGUUUCUAUGCCAAUUUAAUUUUGCAAAUUUGAUGUCAUGCAUACUGUAAUAAAUGAAUGUAUUAGCA